AAUGCCACUCAGCAGCACACAACGGACAGAGAGACACAAGAAGCGCUGAUUUCAGAAUAAACCAAAGAUACAAAGAUGAAGAUGCCUCAGCUUCUCAUCCUGAUCGUGACCAUUUUGGUGCAUGUUGGAGCGGGUUUCCCUGCAGACAGAGAAAGGCGGGACAAGCAGGCCUCCUGGGACGACGUGAAUGUGAUAGCCCAUGGCCUCCUGCAGCUCGGCCAGGGCCUAAAGGAGCACGUGGACAAGACCAAAGCCCAGAUGAGAGACGUGAACGGCAAACUGAAAGCCUUCAACAUCACAGUGGCUGAACUGGAGAGGAAGCAGCAGGAGCAAGGUGAAGCUCUGAAGACCAAAAGCAUGGAGGUGGAACAGAAGGACAGGCUGCUGGUAGAGGCGGUGGAAGAGAUGAAGGUGAAGGUGGGGGAGAUGAAGAAACAGACAGAGGACAUCUCCUCUAGGAUGGACAGGCUGGAGGACGUGCUGUCAGAGCCAAAGCUGGACAGCAACGACAGCGAGCACAUGGGAGUUUCAUUCAUCCAGAGUUUGAUGGCAGCUCAGAACAGACGCAUUGACCAGCUGGUGGAGAAAAUCCAACAACAACAAGACAAACUUGAGAAGCAGAAUCUGCACCUACAGUCCCUUCAGAGCAAGGUUGCACAUAAAAGAGUGAAAUCACACAAACGGAGAGAUGAAGAGGUGGUACUGAGAGACGAGGCCGAGCACAUCCAGCCUGAUUCAGGUUUGGCCAGAGACUGUCAUGAUCUUUUCAUACGAGGGCAGCGAGUAAGCGGCGUCUACACAAUCCAACCUGAGAACUCAGAGCCCUUCAAUGUCCUCUGUGAAAUGACUUCAGAUGGUGGAUGGACCAUCAUCCAGAAACGUCAUGAUGGAUCGCAAAAUUUCAACCAGCUCUGGCAGAGCUACAAGACAGGCUUCGGCAGCUUAAAAGGCGAGUUUUGGUUGGGUUUGGACAACAUCCACUCCCUGUCCAAACAAGGCGAGUACAUCCUGCAGGUGGAGCUCUCUGAUGAGGCUGGACUGCAGCAGGCAGCUCGUUACAAAUUCAACCUUGAUGGAGAGGAGAUGAUGUUCGCCAUUCACCUCGAACAGGAGUCUUCAUCUGGGCCUCAGGAGAAAAUCAUCAGCACUGGAGAUUCAGGUCUUCCCUUCUCCACAGCUGACCGAGACAACGACCUCGCUGCAGACAUCAACUGUGCUGAAAUGCUCUCAGGUGGUUGGUGGUUCAGCAACUGUGGCGAGUCAAACCUCAACGGAAAGUAUCCCAGACGGCCCAGACUGCUCCAGAGACAGCAUUUCAGACGACAGGGCAUGUUUUGGACAGUCCCACAGAGACAGAUCAGCUCUCUGAGGAAGACUCUUCUCAAAAUUGCACCGGCAUCAAUACAGCAAUAAUCCUGUCUCAGAAAGACACGGCAGCAGAAACUCCUCAAAGCAGAAAAACUACUGAACUACUGAUGGACUGAAAGCAGAAGGCAAUACGCACAUAAUUGGUGUCUCCUCACACACUGAUCAGAUAUUUCUAUGCAGUGCAUAUGAGAAUUUAGUCUUAGAGGACAUGGUCAGUCACAUUGACUGUGAUGUUUUUCCCUUUAUGAGGGUUUUUGACAUGGAUUUGCUUUAAUUACUUUGUUCUUAAAUAAUGUACAGUUUUUUUUACAUUCAGUUUUUAAUCACAACUUUAAAUUUUUUUGUAUGAAGCAGAUAAA